AUGACGUCGACUAGACCUAGCAAACAGCAACUUCAGCAAUACGCUCAACAUCAACAAAAUCAAAACGAUGAUGAGGAACCUGAUGUCGAGCAAGAUGAGGAAGGAACUCAAUAUAUCAUCACUCAAACCACUCAUGGGCUACCACCGCAGUCUCAGAUUGUAGACGAAGAUGAAGGGGAGAUUCGAUGUAUUUGUGGGUAUUCAGAUGACGAUGGAUAUACAAUCCAAUGCGACCGUUGUUUUGUGUGGCAGCACAUGGCAUGUGUAGGAAUCACCGCAUCGACCGUCCCUGAAACCUACUUGUGUGAACAAUGUUACCCGAGAAGGCUGGAUGUUGAUCGUGCCGUACAAUAUCAAACUCGACGAUUGCAAGUUGAAGCCAUCCCAAAACCUGUAGUUAGUAAUCCGACAAGCGGCAGAAACGAUUCGAGACGCAAAAAAGAAGUCAAAGAGUCUCCUCGUAAAAAGAUGGUCGUACCUCCUCCUCCACUUCCUAGUAGUACCAGCAGUAGCAAUAGGAAGGGUGUCGAGAAAAGUCGAAAACGAACUACUACUGGACCAUCCAACCCUGCCAUGUCUUUAGUCAGUCCGCCUCGAAGGGGUAAAAUAAAAGACACUAGUAUGAUGCCACCAUCAAGCAUUGGUAGAAAUCAACGUGAUAAGAGUGAUGAUAUACAAGACAGUGAUAUGUCGUCCUCUGUACCAGUAAAUAGUGUUAUGAAUAGUAAUGAGAUGGAUGUUAUGGAGUCACGUAUGCCGUCUGAUGUCUCACCCACCAAUGAAGGAUUCUGGGUUCCUGAAUCUAGGAGACCAUCACCGUCGCUGCAAAGUCGUGCUCCAUCGCCGCAGACCUCUCAACAACCCCAACAGCAGUAUGAAAAAUCAUCUGUAAUGAAUCCCGUCUUGUCAAGACGAACACCUCCUUCAACACCGCGUCCACAACCUUUAUUACCAAAUCAACAGCAGCAGAAUGGCAGUAAGCUUUCCACGGAACAGCAAUCACCUGAAGUUCCACCAGAGAAACCAUUCUCGAUGAGGCCAACUCGUAAAAGAAUGCUACAUCCUGAAGUGCGAGAGGUACUCAAACCUCGUGAUGAGUGGGAGCGUGAUUACUUGAAUCGUGCUACUUCAUACAUUCCAUCAGAUCUAAAUCGAUAUGGUAGUAAUGCUGCCAAACGAUAUGUAGAACAGGUUUGCAGUGUAUGGAGUGCCAGGACUUCUCUCAAUACUCAGCAUGAUGCCGAUGCUGUUCCUGGAGACUCAUCUGCAGUAGAUGCUCGAGAAGAGCCUCAUGCAUUGGAGCCUAUGGUCGAAGGCAAGCUUGAAGCUUAUAAAUACUUUCCUGAUGGAGCCGACCCUAUAUUCAUGGAGCGCCGAGUGUUUGAAGACAAGGUGCCUGUCGCCAUAGUAGACAACAUAACUCAAGACGACUGCAUAUCUAGAUAUGGUAUAUACGUCACUACAGAUAUCCAGACCGGCGACUUUAUCAUGUCUAUCAAAGGGGUAUUAGGAUUCACAACGGAUUUUAGCCUAAAGACACGAUGGGCAUCAAGAACACCAGACUUGAAACCACCAUUUGUAUUUGCGCAUCCAUGUAAAGAACUAGGCCAACCCUUGCUAGUAAAUGCACGGGACUUUGGCUUUUCAGAUGGAAGAUUUGUCCGAUUCUCAUGUGGUGCUCAUCCGUCACAUCGAUCUAUAUGUAAUGCUGAAUUGAGAACCAUAUAUUUGACUGAGACGAAUAGUGACUCGAUAUUGCCAGCACUGCCUUCAAACGACAGAGUUGUAUUGGGUAUAUUUGCUAGUCGAGAUAUUGUAGCUAGUGAAGAAGCAAUUAUUGCCAUGGAUCCAAUGUCAACUGUAGAUGGAGAUGUACCACAAGUCGAUACACUCGUGCUACAAUAUCCCUGUAUAUGUGAAGAUACCACGAGCUGUUAUCUCUUCCCAGCUAUAACUGGUCAAAAAGUCGAACGAGAGUCGACUAUACAACCACAGCCCGAAGGCCAGGUUCCAAAUAAUGAUACCAUGUCCGAGGAUGUAUCUGAUACCUCGUCGAUGAGACAUCGCGUACGAACAGUCAGUGAUAACUCUGUAAAUGAUAAUGUGGGUGAUAUGGAAAUGGACAACAUGUUUGCUAAUGAGAACACUGAUAAUGGCAACAAUGGUGAUACUCAGAUGGAGACUGUCGUCACUGCUGAUGGUGGUAGUGCAAGUAAAAGGCCGGGAGAUAACUCGUCUCCUGAGCCCUUCAAACGACCUCGUACAGAAUCACCUAUAAAGGUCGUAACGGAAGAAAUCAAACACCACAAUGUUGCAAAGCUUGUACCGCCUAUAGUAGUCACAACACCAUCACCUUUAUCGCCACCGAAAUUGGUUGGAAAGAAGGCUUGGGCUCGACAGACUAUUUCUGUUCCUUCUAGUCCUGCCGUAUCGCCAGUCAAGGAGAGCAAGCCACCAGAGAAGGAAUCGUCCUCUGCGAAUCACCCACCUGCCCCAAGUCGUAAAGUCUCUCUACGAGACUUUAAAGCUCGUCGUGCAGUCAGUACUACACAGUUGCAGACUAGCGAAUCGACAAUGGAUAUCGAUUCAGUCAAGACUCCGCAUAGUGUUGUCGAACCUCAGCAACAGCAGGAUUCGAUAUCGGAUCUCGCAACAUCACGAGCGGCAGAAACAAUCAAACCUGAUGAUGGAGUAUCUGAGUCUCAACCUCUUUUGCUAAAGCUGCCAGUAAAUACAGCUUUACAGUCAAAUAUUAUAUCAGGACAGAUUGUAAAUUCGCCUAUAGGUGAAAAUCCACCGCAACCACCAGCGCCGAACGUAACCACAUCAAGAUGGUCUCGACCAGUAGCUCAAACGUCAUCCGAGAUUGCUCAAAUUACUACAAGUACAACUACAACUACUACAACAACAGCAACCAAGACUACCGCCUCGAAUCUCUUCUUCCCAACCUCAUCGUCGGUUGAAGAUUUGUUUAGUAGUGCCAAACCAUUUAUAACAGCAUCACCAACUCUAACUAAACCAUCAACAUUCUUCCCACUACAAACACAAGAUCCAUUUGCCCUCUUUGAUAACAGAGGAUCUGGGCCGCGAACACCACCAGCUGUAAACAAGGCUUUGCCUUUGAGCAGCAGCCAUAUUAGUCAUAAUCCAUUGGCGUCUGUAUUGGGUGGUAGCAGUAGCGGCAAUCAAUCAGCAGUUACUGGUCUUGGUAUUCCGAAUAUUCUGAAUAAUUUGUCGUCUGCCUUGUCUGCUAUAAAUGCUAUGACAGCAGCUACAGAUGUAUCUGGUCGGAAUGUGAGUAGUGGUGCUGCUGUAGAUGGUGGUUCUGAACGUCGUAGAGUUGAUUCGUCGUCUAGGCUGUUUGCGCCAGUAUCACCUUUAGCGCAAACCUCGACACAGGAUUAUAAUCCAUCAGAUCCAGACGAGAUAGCAUUUGAAAGGGAGCGAACUCGUAGUCUUUCUCCACCAUCAGCAGCAAGGUCUCGUAGCCAAACACCACCUGACGCCGUCUUGCCCGCAAACUUUGCAAGUGUCAUAAAGCAAGAAGCUCGAGAAGAGAAGAGUGUAUUUGGACCAACCUCGCCAGUCCCGAUCUCGAUACCACGUUUGGACAGGCCGGAAUUUGCUGCUAUCGAGGAGCACAUUCCAGCACUUAAUAUGUCUCGUCCCUCACGGUCCCGUCCUAUAACACCAGCUGAAGCAGAGUUUCCCAAUCGACCCAUUCCUGUAGUAGCAAGUAUGAAUACAGGCUGGGAUCGUGAACGACGAGCACCAUCGCCUCCACCAUUCAAUAAUAAUAGUAGUAAUGUAGGUCCUCCGCCACCACGUCGUGCUAUCUAUCGCGGUUAUGAUCAAUAUGUUGGUGCUGCUGGUCAAGAAGCAGCAAUGAAUCGUGGUGUAUGGUCAGGUGGACGUGGUCGAUAUAGUGGUAGUCCUCUCAUCAUGCCUCCUGCUGGACGAGGUUAUAGGGGUGCUCCAUCUGCUUGGGAUACUCGUAGAGCUGGUGGUGAUGGACAGAGUCCACGAGGAGAACCAAUGAUGAUGAUGCCUAGAGAUCGGGAUAAUGUAAUGUCACCACGAGAUACUAUCGGCAGCCUACAAGAUGACCGUGGAAGCCGUCCUAGAUCACCAUUAUUGAGUGCUCGGCCUGAUCUUGGUCAUGAUUGGGAACGAGGACGUCGUAGAACUAGCGAUGAUGAACCUCCGUAUAGUGCUCGUGAUGCCUCUAGGUCUCUAUCAAACGAACGAGGCUCUCCACCAUUAUAUCGUAGAGGUUCUGGAUCUCCUCGACCUAGGUCAUCAUCACCAACUUCAGAUAUAUCAAAACGAGAGUCUAGGUCAUUAUCACCUCCUCGUCGCGAUUCUGAUGCCUCGCCAUCACAUCGUGGUGCCGGGCCAAGCGGUUAUAAUGAUUCCAGGGCCUUCCACUAUGGAUGGGGUCCACCAUCUUCGUCGUCACCGGCACCAGGAUCAUCACCAUAUCGUAAUGGUCCUCCUCCACCACCACGACCUAGGUCACCAGGUCCUCCAGACGAAUAUGGUAGUAGUGUGUAUAAUCGUGGCCGCGGUGGUCCUCCACCACCAUUGUCUGGUGGACCUCCAAGAGGACGUGCAAGAUGGCGUGGUGGUCCUCCCACUGAAAGAUGGCGACAACCACCACCACCAAGUCGUCGUGACCGUCCAUCUCCACGUCGUGAAAGAUCUACAUCUCGAGAACGCGAACGUGAACGAGACAGAGAACGAGAUCGAUAUGGUAGUGGCAGCAGUAGUAAUAAUCUCAACGUCAGUAACAGUGGCAGUGGUGGUGGGAGAUCACUUCAAUCUGGUCGCUCAAGCCCUGUAAGUCACUUCCCAGGUCCAGGACAUGCCGCUCGUCGAGGAGUAGCGGCCAUAAAACGAAAUGUAGAACCACGGGAAGAACGAGAUCGUAGUAGCUCUGAUGGACCGUGGGAACGAGACAUACCUAUUGCUCCACCGCGAGCUGUCGCCAAACCAGUUGCAGAAAUCGCACGGGAAAAGAGUGUUGAAUUAGAAGAUGUGUUGAGGCCAGGGAAGUUCAAGGCUGCUGCUUUUGUUGAAGUUGAAGGUGAUAAUCAAGAUGACGGGUAG